UCUUCCGGGGGCGGUGGGUCCGGCAUGAGCGACGUGGUGGAGCGGACGCUGAGCGCCCUGCCUGGGCUGCUGGGGCAGCACGAUCCGGGUGCCGGCCCGGGCGGUGCCGGCGGCCCCGGCAGGGUAUCGGCCUCCUCCCGGCUCGGCAGCCUCAUCCGGAGCAUCACGGCGCUCACCUCCAAGCACGAAGAAGAAAAAUUAAUCCAGCAGGAGCUAACCAGUCUGAAAGCAACAGUUUCAGCCCCCAGCACAACACUUAGACUGAUGAAAGAAUGCAUGGUGAGACUCAUCUAUUGUGAAAUGCUGGGCUAUGAGUCUUCCUUUGGAUACAUCCACGCAAUCAAACUUGCCCAGCAAGGGAACCUUCUGGAGAAGAGAGUUGGUUACUUGGCAGUUUCUCUAUUUCUACAUGAAAAUCAUGAACUGCUGCUUCUACUUGUGAACACAGUUGUGAAGGACUUGCAGAGCACUAACCUGGUGGAGGUGUGCAUGGCAUUAACUGUUGUCAGCCAGAUCUUUCCACGGGAGAUGAUUCCAGCUGUCCUGCCCCUAAUAGAAGACAAGCUUCAGCAUUCUAAGGAAAUUAUCCGAAGAAAAGCUGUUCAAGCUUUAUACAAAUUCUAUCUCAUUGCUCCUAAUCAAGUUCAGCACAUCCACGAUAAGUUCAGGAAGGCUUUGUGUGACAGGGAUGCUGGAGUCAUGGCUGCUUCUUUGCAUAUUUAUCUGCAAAUGAUUAAGGAAAACUCAUCUGGAUACAAGGACUUGACUGGGAGUUUUGUGACCAUCCUGAAGCAGGUGGUGGGAGGAAAGCUCUCUGCUGAUUUCAACUAUCACAGUGUGCCAGCACCAUGGUUACAAAUUCAGCUUUUAAGAAUUUUGGGGCUGUUGGGAAAAGAUGAUCCAAGGACAAGUGAAUUGAUGUAUGAUGUUCUAGAUGAAUCUUUAAGAAGAGCAGAGAUUAAUCAUAAUAUUACAUAUGCCAUCUUGUUUGAAUGUGUCCAAACAAUUUAUACCAUUCAUCCCAAAUCAGAAUUACUUGAAAAGGCUGCCAAGUGCAUUGGAAAAUUUGUUUUGUCACCCAAAAUUAAUUUGAAGUACUUAGGGUUAAAGGCUCUGACCUAUGUUAUCCAGCAGGAUCCAAACCUGGCACUUCAGCACCAGAUGACAAUAAUUGAAUGUCUGGAUCAUCCAGAUCCCAUUAUUAAAAGGGAGACUUUAGAGCUUCUCUACAGGAUUACAAAUGGGCAGAAUGUAAUUGUCAUAGUCCAGAAGAUGCUUGAUUACUUAAAAGAAGGCCAAGAAGAAUAUGCCAUCAUCAGCUUAGUUGGCAAAAUAGCAGAACUAGCUGAGAAAUAUGCCCCUAACAAUGAGUGGUUCAUCCAGACAAUGAAUGCUGUGUUCUCAGUUGGAGGUGAUGUGGUGCAUUCUGAUAUCCCAAACAACUUCCUGAGGCUGCUGGCUGAAGGAUUUGACGAUGAAAAAGAAGAUCAUCAGCUACGGGUGUAUGCAGUACAGUCUUACUUGGCAUUACUUGAGGAGGAAGAUAAAUUGUAUCCACAGAAAUUCCUUCAAGUUAUGAGCUGGGUGUUGGGAGAAUAUUUCAGUCUUGUUACAGAUGUUGAUCCAGAAGUUAUUUUGACAAAGCUGCACAGCCUGCUGAAGAAGACUUUUGUUACUUCUGAAACUAAAGCGUGGAUAAUGGCUGCAGUCACCAAGAUAGCAUCCCACACUUCCUGCUCAAAAACAGUGGAUGAAAUAAUCCAAGAACUCAGCAGCUCUCUGGAUACGUGCCUGAGACAAUAUGCCUUUGAACUGAAGCAUCUGUGUGAAGACAAAGCACUGAUGAAAAGCUUGCUUCCAUUUGAUGCUAGUUGCAGUGACCUGGUGGUAGAUGCUUCCUUAUCUUUUCUGGAUGGGUUUGUGGCUGAGGGACUUGCUCAUGGUGCAGCGCCAUAUAAACCUCAUCACCAGAGACAAGAGGAGAAACUUUCUCAGGAAAAAGCACUGAAUUUUGAACCUUAUGGAUUGUCCUUUGCUUCAAGUGUGUCCUCAUCUGGUGUUACUGGCAGGCAGUCCCCCACUGGUUUAUCUUUUGGCUCUGAUAUAUCUGGGAAUAGUGCUGAGACGGGGCACAAAGAGACAAAUACUCUGAAACUUGAGGGAGUACGCAAGCUGUGGGGGAAAGAAGGUUACCUUCCAAAGAAAGAAAACAAAACUGGGAAAGAAAAUGAGCCACAGGCAGUGCCUUGUGGCAGCCUAUUAGCAGGGCAGGUGGGGGAAGCUCCUGCACUGCGGCCUGAGCAAGGUGCCAGCCUGUCUGAGGAGGACAAAGAGAAGCAGCAGUUGGCAUCAACUUUGUUCAUUGGGCUGGGAGCAAGUGCUGGUGUCAGCCUGAUGGGCAAAGCAGACACAGCUACUCAGAAGUUCAAAAGGAAAUCAAAGAUAACUGAAACUCAGCAGUUGAGUGAGGAGGCAUCAGACUUCCAAAACAGUGCUGCUUCCAAUUUUGAUCCCUUACUUGAUACAGUACCUGAUAAUGUGGAAGACUCUGAGGGAAGUGUGCACACGGGGUUAAGGAAAGGCUCCCCUUCUUCUUCAGAUACUGUAGAAGACAAUUUGGCAUUUGAAACACCUCAGUCUCUCAGAAAAUCUGUGCUGGAUGACAGAAUUUCAGCUAACAGGCUGUCACAGUCAUCUUUGUUUGCUGAUAGCAAUAUUGAAAUUUUUCAGCCUUCUUCAAGUGCUCAAUGUGAAAGUGCCAGUGAAACACCAUUGGUCCCUUCCUUACCAGAAGAACUUGAAGAGCUUCCUCACUCUGAAGUGGUGGGACUUUGUCAGAGUGAUGCCUUAGCUCUGCAUUUAUGUAAGGUGUGGACAGAUGACUCUCUGUUGCUCAUUGUUUUUGUUUCAAAUAAAACCACUGCUGCACUUCAUGCUGUGAACUUAGUGUUUGAAGAAACAGAACACUUUCAGAUUUUGGAGAGUGCCACGUCCCAUUUUCCUGUAAUUGAAGCUCAGAGUGUGGAACAUUGCCAGAAAUGUGUGAGGAUGAACAAAGUCUGUACACAGGCAAUUCUUCCUGCCUCUGUUAGUUACCAGUCAGAGAUGGAAACUUGCCUUGAAUUUUCAGUAACUUUAUCAUUGAUGGACUUCAUCAGGCCAAUGGAAAUGACUACAGAAGACUUUGGGAAGCUGUGGUUGUCCCUUUCUAAUGAUGUGAAACAGAACAUAAAAAUGUCACCUUGCCAAGAUUCCCUUUCAGCAGCCCUGGACACACUGCAACAGAAGCUGAAACUCCACAGAGUUGAUGUUAUAGGUAAUGAGGGAAUCCUGGCCUGCCAGCUCCUCCCAUCUGUGCCCUGCCUGCUGCACUGCCGUACCCACUCAGGGAUGCUGGCCCUGUGGUUCAGGUCCCCUUGUGCUGCUCUUCCUGAUGGAUUGCUCUAUCAGUGUCAGAAGGUGAUGGAGGAAUCCUGAGAACAAUAGUGCCUGCCUUAAUCUAUUUGGUGUGUGAAAGCAAGUCAAAGAUUUAUACAGUUGCACAGAUAAUUACCAAAGCUAAACUAAGAUAUUGCUUCUUCAAGUAUUAAAAGUUUUCUUCCAGCUGGCAAUGUCCAAGUGGACUUGUGGGGGAAAAAUGGUGACCUAAAUUACCCCUGCAAAAACAUGCUCAGGACUGUACAGUACAUUUAAGUAUUGUUACCUGUGUAAGUGAAAUGUAUAUUAAUUUUGUUGUAAAUGACUGAAAGUAUUUAUUUUUAUUACACAGCUUUUAUAGAUGCCAACACUUAUUCUUCAUGGCAACUACUUAAAUAUGAUUUUGAAGAAAACAUAUUUCCAUUAUGAGGUCAGACUUGAUCAGUUAUUUAAUUUUAUUUUGAUAAUUUUUCUAAAGCUAUUUUUAAGCACUGCUGGCAACAAGACCCAUAUUGGUGGUUAUAUAAAGUAACUUAUGUAGCAGCAAAUGCAUGGUUUUAAAACAGUUAAAAGAUUCUAGGGAGGAAAACACUUCCCAUGAUCUUUGAUGUUUACCAUGGAAGGGAUAAUAUCUAAAUAGGUUUUUGAUAGAAGUCAGGCAUGUGAAAUUGUUUGGAAGCACCUCCUGGGGGAUUAGCUAAAGCCCUUCAGGUUAGUUCCUGUCUGCAGUUCUUCCUGCCCCAGAUUUCAGUCUCAUUCCCUUUCCACGGGGGUCUGUGACAGUCACUGAUUGUCUGUGCAUGUCUGAGCUGAGGUUCUAUGUGGAUCAGCUCUGAGAUGACUGAGCUGGGGGCACUUGGCUGUGCACAUGUUGACUCCUUGAUUUUGGUUAGUGAACAUGUUUAUUGCUUUCCAGCCCACCCUAUAAAUUUGAUCUGGCCAGAAUCCCUGUGCAUGAAAAUUCACAAGGGGAAAGCUUCCAUUUAUUUUUACUUGUAAUUAUUUCUAGCCUGGGUAUGACUCAUCAAAGGUCUGAGUUGCAGGGAUGUGGCUGUGCUGUGUGUGCAUGCCUGGGAACUGCAGCAGGGCAUGGGGGAUUAAAUCACAGCAGCAAAUGUGGAAAAUGUGUCUGAGCAGAUUGUCUCCUGUUCCUGAAGUAACCUCACAAUCUUGAAAAUCCAGCAAUCUGAAUUUACUUAGAUGCUAAAUGAAAAAUAGUGCUGGUUAGUGUUAUUUAUAGCUGGUCAUGUUUUCUAUUUAAGCAUCCAAGAUUGUACACACAGUUCAGACAUGGUACAAAGGGAUUCUGUGGUAGGGUUCUGUACUUUGUGUGUUUAAUAGUAACAAGGAACCUCUCAUGUGUCAGCAUUACUGAUUCUCACCUGAUAAGCACUGGUUGUAAAGGGAAACAAAGUAUUCUUUUACUUUGAUGUUUUGGUGAACGUUCAUGAGAUUAUUGUAAGAAUGUGCUGAUAGCAUUUUUUCUUUUAAGUCAAGCUACUUGUGUUAUCACAAGUAUAAUCAUCCAAGCAAAUUCCUUUUUUGUUGUUGUUUCAGUACCCUCUUACUGAGGAAUUUAAAGUGCACUGAACCUGUAAAUAUAUUUAAUGUUCUGCAUACUAAAAUGUUUACUUGGCACUUCAAGACAGUUUAUAUAAAUGAAAACUGAUUUAUAGUGGAAUAAUUUCCAGCAGAUGAUUGCCCUGCUGGUAAAUCAGACUUGUGUUAUGCAAUUGGACUUCUGUGAUUAUAGGAACUCUGAUACAAAUAUCUGUUUGUGGCCUAUGCAUUUAAACCAUUUCAGCAAGGAGAUGUUCAAUGUCCUGGUGUUUAAAGAACUGCAAAGACAACAAUGCCUUCUGUUGUUAAUUAAUGUUCUCUGUAACCUUUCUCACUGUAUGGAUAGUGUAUGUUAAGGUGUCAGUAUUCUGAUUCUAAUUGCUUUAUGGUAUCAUCACUUAAAGGAGUGUGCAGGGAAUUGUACCUGUGUCAGUCAUUUUUGGAUUGCCCAACAAAUACUGAUCUGAAUCUAUCACCAUAUUUGCAUUUCUUGCAGUUUAAUAAAAUUCAGUUUUAUUUAAAAAAAGUUUGAUACUUGUUAAGUGUUCUUUUCCAUCACAUGUAGCAGUGUUUCCAUAUAUUAAGAACUAGUUUCUAUUUUAAUUGUUUCUCUUUGCAUCUGAACAGUGAAACAUCACAGAUGAACCUGUUUUCCAGGAAGGGAGAGACGGUGCAGAGAAGCAGGUUAGGAGGAAGAGAGCACAUAACCAGUUUGCAUGAAGGAGCUGGCUCAAGAGGCACCCAGAGGCCAGUCAGUCUGUACUGGCCAUACUGGACUGGCAGGGACUGGACCAAACCUCGAAGUACCAGGAGGCCUCACUGCUGCACUGCUGUGUGCCCUGUGAGUUCUGGACAUGGGAGUGGGAGUCAGCAGCAAAGUGAUUGUAUUGGUUCCUUAUUUCAACUGUUUGUCAGCUUCUACCACCUUGCCCCAACUAUUUUCAGGUAUUUUUACUGAAAGAAACAGGUAGGAAACUGGAGGAAGUGCAACAUGGCAGUUUGAGGCAGGAUGUUUUCUUAGAUACAGACUAAAUCUGUUGGAUUUUAUUACUUUCUGCUAAGUAUUCCAAAUCCUCCUCAUUCUGUAAGGACCCAAAAGAGUAAAUUUGUGUAAUGGAUGGCAGGACCUUGAGGUUUUCCUGUAUUUGCAAGUAGCUCAUAAAUGACAUUGAUGGUUUCUAAAUAUUGGAAAAGUGUUUCUCUCUUUUGUAGAGUCCCACAGCAUAAAAAGCUCUAUUAUCUUUUUCUGUAUGGGUAAGACUGUGUGUGGUCUUUUUCUGGCACUGAUUUAUGUAAAAACAAAAAUAGACUUUAUAAGUUAUCCAGUUAAAACUUGGUUUUUGCAUUUCUGUUGCUGUGGUGAAACUUAAUUUUGCUUUACUGCUUGAUUCUCUUCAGGGCCUGUCUCAAAAUAUUUCUCUAGCACAAAUCAGAUCACAUGUUCAGUCUGAUGUGCAGCUCUGUGGCACAGGCACCAUUUCAUUAGCAUGUCAGAAGUGGUCACUCCCAUGAGAGUUUGUUAAACAUUAGCAUUCUUGUCUUUAUAUAAUAAAGUUGGCAGUGAUGAAGCAAAGAAUAUUGUGUCCUGCCAUGAUAUGAUUCAUAAAAUUACCCUGACAGAAAUGUUUUACCAGCAGGAAGGCUCAAAGCACCACUUAAGAAGAUUGCUUUAAACUUUGAUUUUAAGGUAGUUGUCAGUUUUCUCUUUGUGCCAGCAUUUCACUGCUUUCAGUAUAAUUGCCAUGUGAGCUGUUUGCAAAUCCUGAGCUCCUUCAGCCGAAACAGUUCGCCUUUGCUGGGAAUAAGGACAGGAGAAGAAAUGUUUCCUGUUGAAAUGUUCUGGUAGGUUCCAGCACCUCCAUGUUUAGGACAGGGCUGUCAGGAAUAUGUCUUUUAUCUGCUUUAAAUCACAUCAAGCUAAACUGGACUGAGUAUUUAAUGGGUAAUUUGCAAGAAGGUCCUUGGAAGAGUGAGAUUUUGGCUUGUGGUACCUGCUCUUUUGCUGCUCUUUGUGCUUGUGAUGCAAUAGAGGUGGUAGGAUAAACAAAUCCAAAGGAAACAAAAAGGGCAGUAAUCACACAUUUUUAAUCCACAAAUGUGAUAAUACAUAAUAUAUUUAAGGUGACCUGAACAUUGCCCAUAUUUUAGCAAUGUUUUUACAUACCAAGCUACAAGUACAAAAGUAAACAAUGAAUAUACAGGAUAUGCAAGUAUGAGAAAUACUUGAAAACAUAUCUUUCCUUAAGGCUACUCAGAUUAUUUUUAAAUAAAACAACAGAUGUUCAGCUGGUGUGUUUAAAAUACCAGAAUCUGAAUAUUGAUACUCGAAACACACAAAAAGUCACAAAUACAGGAUAUCCCUUUCCUUUAGACAUCUUGAAUGUUGAAUAAUCUUUUUCUGGCCUUAAAAGAAGAACUUAAAUUUGUUUGCCACAAAUGAAACACACAAAAUCUGACAUGUGCACUGGGACAGGAGCAUUGGAUACAA